UUACUAAAUCUGGUCACCCCCUUUCUUUCUCCCUAAAAAAGCUCAACUUUGAGCUGAACCCCAAAAAAUGGGGGUAGAUCACCACCAGAUUUUAAUUCUGAAAGUAGAUCACACUCUCUUGGGAGUUGGCCACCCCUGCUCUAGUAGAUCCUAAUGCAAUUUCUGCCCCCCGCCCCGCCCCAAUGUAGGUGUGUAAAGGAAGUGGAGUGGAAAUUAGGGUGCAGAUAUCCCCACAAAGUUUUAAAAGCCAUACAGGGACUUCACUUGAAGGUGGCGGUAAAAACCCCAGACCAAGGCAUGUGAGGAAACUCAGCCAAAACCUCACACACCCCUCUCUCCAUCCGCACCUGCAUAGAAGACACCCAAUCCCGUUCCUGGGUCAUCAAAGGUGACUCUAGAAUGCAAGCAUUUCGCUGGAGGAAUUCAUGUGCAGGCUGGGAAACUUAAGCACGGGCAAUUAAAGUGGAUUAAAGUACUCUGUUGCAUAACUAAUCAAUUUUAAAAAGAAUGGAGUUGGAAAAGUGGGAUGAACAAAUGAUUAACAGCCAUUUGUAUAUAAGUACCCCGCAAGCAAAUCUGCACAAAUGCUCGCCCAGCAGACAAAUCAGACCAAAUGCUCAAUGAAGACUAUAAUCUAACCUCUGCAUAAGCUUUGCACCAGAAAAGUCAGGAGGAUUUUGAGGUCAUCUGGAGGAGCCCAAACCAAUUUCAGGAAGUGAGAUUGAGAGAUAAGGGGGGAAAGGGAAAAGGAAACUGUGAGUCAGGGAAGAAAAAUAAAACUGACCAGCGGCUGCUGACAGCAGGCGUAGAAAGGAAGCAAGCUAGCUACAUAAAAGCGGGUGCUAUGCUCUCUUUUCCUGCAUUGCCAGACGACAAAUCUUGAAUCUGACAUGGAAGGUUUAGACCCUAAGUUAUCCCAGCGCUCUGAGCUGGUGGAGGUCGACGGAAUCCCUUUGCUCAGUGGUGCUGCAGAAAGAUGGGGUCGCAUAUCAAUCUUUGAAGCGCGGGGGGACGACCUUCUCAUUUGCACAUACCCGAAAGCAGGGACUACUUGGACGCAGGAAAUUGUAGACCUGAUCCAGCAUGGGGGGGACCCUCAGAAAUGUGCUCAAGUCCCCAUCUACAAACGGAUGCCCUUCAUAGAGAUGCACAGCCCCUUGUUCUCACGCUUGGAAGAGGCAGAGCUAAUGCCCUCUCCACGUACACUUAAGUCUCACCUCCCGGUCCAGCUCCUGCCGCCCUCCUUUUGGGAACAGAAUUGCAAGAUCAUUUACGUGGCCAGGAAUGCCAAGGAUAACGCAGUCUCCUAUUUCCACUUCCAACGUAUGAACGGGAGGAUGCCAGACCCGGGAACAUGGGACGAGUAUCUGGAGAAGUUCAUUGCGGGGAAACUUCCCUGGGGCUCUUGGUUUGACCACGUUUGUGGUUGGUGGAAGGCUAAGGAUUCUCACCCAAUUCUCUAUCUCUUUUAUGAAGACAUGAAAGAGCACCCAGCCUUAGCAAUUCGGAAAAUAGCUCAGUUCCUGGACCAAGAACUUUCUGAGCCAGCUUUGAACCGGAUUGUGCAGCACACAGAGUUCAAGAGCAUGAAAGUGAAUCCCAUGGCUAAUUACAGCACAAUGCCAACUUACAACCACGCUUUGUCAUCCUUCAUGCGAAAAGGCACCGUGGGAGACUGGAAAGACUACUUCACAGUGGCUCAAAGUGAACGGCUUGAUGAUCUGUGUGCCCAAUUAUUAAGGGGCAGUGGCCUGACCUUCCGCACUCAGCUAUAAGUACCCCUCUGUGCUCUUCAUCAAUCCCAUGCCUGGAGCUUGGGCCUGCAUUAAACAACAUAGACCAUGUAACCACAAGCAAGGACCACAUAGGUUGUGCGUGUUUGUUUUGAAAUUUACCUUUAA